AUGAAGUUGCAGUUUCGAAAGGACCACCAAUAUUUUGCAUCGCCGAGGCAGGUGACGGUGGCCCAUCAGUCGCUGGCGGGCCCAAUCCAUUCCCACUGGUGCUGUUUGGCCCAGGGGGAGGAGCAGGUCCAAGUCCCGGACCAGGCUGUGGAGGCCGUGGAGGCCCGAGCAUCUGUGCCGGGGGCCGAGGUGGUGGAGUUUGUUGUCCAGGAUCGCUCGUCAUGGCUGCGCAGUACCGGAGCCAGGCUGCGCAUUGGUCGCUUAUCUGUGCCCUUUCCGUAA